AAUUUACUUGAUAAUAAUAUUAUUACUAGUAGGUUGAUGAUGACCACGUUUUAGAAGAUGGAAAGCCAAUAUAAAGUCCACCACCUGACUGUGCAGCUAUUGGCUGCUUUGAACUCCGAACUUCCUCCAGAAACUUUUGUCGAAGAACUCUGCCGGAGUAACUCAAGUUUUGUUGUUUCUCAGGCCUCAGUGCACACUGCUAAGAACAAGUUAACGAAGAAUGUUCAAGAAAAGAGCCUGGACCCCGCGGAAUUCCGCAAAACUUACAUGUCCCUCAAAACAAAACAACUCUUCGAGUUAGACCCUUACACAUACUUCUUAGGAAAAUGUUUAGAGGACAAGCGAGUGUUGGACUACAUGGAGACUGUAGACAGAGAUCUCACCAGCCUCGACUCUACUUCUGACCUCAACGCUUCCGAUCUUAUCCUGGAGACCAUCCCUCGGGCAUUGUCUCAGAAAGAGGUGGAAGAAGUGAGAACACAGCUGGCAAUUGUAAAAGCAAACGAGGAAAAAAGAAAAGCCCUGCAGCUGAAGAAGCUACCAAAUCUUGUAGCUAGAACCCUCCUUACCAGAGAUUUUGUAAUUAUGGAUGAGGAGUAUUCAUGUGGUCCACAGCCUCUACACACCAUGACUGCGUUACAGCAAGAAAAUGCGAUAGUGGAGGACUUGUUAUUCGUCUUGACAGGGAUUGAGGGACAGUACAUCUUGGUGGAGCCGCUGGAGAGCCCUUUCGGACAGCGCAGAUUCAAGCAAAUCAACGGGUUAGAUCCGGGUAUUGGAGGUCUUGUCACUAAGAUAUUACCUCUCUGUUCCUGCUACUCAAUCGUCACCAGAUUCCUCGAUCACUGUUCUAAGUACAGCUCUGGCAUGGUGAAUCAAGCGCUGUGUGCAGCUAUUAAAACGUUAGUUAAAGAGUAUGUGAUCCUUAUAGCUCAGUUGGAGGAGCAACACACGAUGGGUCAACUCUCGCUACAGAAAAUGUGGCUCUUCAUCCAAUCCUGUAUCAGCACUUUUUACGUUCUGGCGACGAUAUGCCACGAUGUGAUAAAUGGAAGUUGCCGAGGUGGAACAACGUUAUCGCUGCUACACGACAAGACCUUUUCGCUGGUGGGGGAGGCGGCAUCCCAGGACUUGUGUUUGUACCUGACACAGGCGGCGUGUGUGCCUUACUUCGGCAUGCUGGAAAAGUGGCUUUAUAAAGGUAUGAUAGACGACCCUUACAACGAGUUCUUUGUGGAAGAGUUUGGAGAAGGCUGCCAGCUUGAACAAGUACAGAGAAAGUAUGAACUGGUUUACGACACCUAUUGGGAGAAGAGAUACAGUCUCAAUAUUCAGCAGGUGCCUUUGUUUCUUGGAAAGAUAGCUGAAAAGGUACUUCACACGGGUAAGUAUCUAAACGUGAUAAGACACUGUGGAUACAACGUGCAGUGUCCCGAUUCUAGGGAGAUAAAGUACACCCUUGUGGAGCGGGAGUAUAUGGAAUGCAUUGAAACCGCCUACGCCUUCGCUUCCCAGCGCCUUCUGAACCUCCUGAUGGAGGAACAUAAACUUAUGGAGAGGUUGUCCAGUAUAAAGAGCUUCUUCUUGAUGGGGCAAGGCGAUGUGUUUGUUCACUUCAUGGAUAUGGCAGAGCACGAGUUACGAAAGAAACACGACGAUAUCGUCUCCUCUCGCAUAGAAUCACUGUUAGACCUGGCCGUGAGGACUAGUGUUGCCGCCAACGACCCCUUCAAAGAAGAUCUGAAAGUAGACAUUGUGCCCUACGAUCUGAUCACCCAACUAUUCAGGAUAAUAAAUGUCAGGGGUCACACUCUGGGUCCCACUGAGCAAGUCUACCCAGCUUUCGAACCUCAUGCUUCUGGGCUGACUGGAGUUGAGGCGUUUACUCUGGACUAUAGGGUUGAGUGGCCCGUAUCACUGGUAGUAUCCCGGAAAUCCAUCACAAAAUACCAGCUGCUGUUCCGGCACCUGUUUCAUUGCAAACACGUGGAGCGGCAACUGUGUGCUGUGUGGCAGGCUCACAAGCAGGCCAAGUGGGAACCCAUCUACACCACCAAGUGGCACGCUGCUGCAUUCUGUCUCCGACAGAGAAUGCUGUCCUUUAUCAGCAACUACAGCUACUAUGCCAUGUUUGAAGUUAUCGAGAGACAGUGGCAUAUUUUCACGCAAGAAAUGCAGACAGUUAAAACGAUAGACAACGUAUUGGCUAUCCACAACGACUUCCUGGAGACUUGUUUGAAGGAUUGUCUCCUAACAACGCCAGAGCUGCUGAGAAGUCUGGCAAAACUCCAAGCUAUCUGUGUUAACUUCAGUAAUGCCAUGCUCCGGCUCAUUCCGUCAGCAACUGUAUCCAUAGCAACACAAGCUGAACAAAACAUGAAAAUGCAUUCUCAGGAUCAUUUUGAGGACCUCAUUAAAAACUUCGACUCCAACUUCACCCUACUAACUCUUCAGUUACUCAUUAAUAUCCAGACAAUAUCCAAGACAGCUUCAGAACACCACCUUUCCUACCUACUAUCCCGACUAGAUCCUAACGAUUACUACGCCAGACUCAUGGACCAGAACCCCCACCUUGUGGAACAGGCUGCUAGACUCAACGAGGAGACAAGGGGGGAGUAUAACGAUGAUGGGGAGCCCCCCUCUAAUGGGACACCGCCCCCAAGUGAGCCUACUCCUCCUUCUAAUGUGGGAGCUAUCCCGGUCAAAACUCAGUCAACUACGGGCCCUCUUAAAUCUCAACUUGCCGCAAAAUCUCUUUCCUCACUCAGUACAGCAAGCAAUGCGAGCAACAGUUCAACUGGUAGUUCAGGCAGACUAACCGGGAGUUCAGGGAGGUUGGCAUCAAGGUCUUUAGCAUCAGCAGUAGACAAAAAGCAGCCAGGAUCAAGUGCUGGGCGGCAAAUCGGUCGUCCUGCAGGAACCAGACCAUCCCAACAGGCCAUCCCCAGACCACUGUCUAGCGGGGGCCGACAACCCAAUAAAUCCGGACAUUCCACCAAUGUCUAAAUACGUGAGGAAUUUUGUUCUUAAAGAUGUUGAUUAAUACCUUUUUAAUGUAAUAUUAAUUGUAUUGUAGGGCCCACUGAGUGGGCGCAUUUUAAGCUACAUAUUGUAGAGAUUUGUUAAGUCUUUAAGUGUUACGGCACGCGCCCUGCGAUAAUUAUAAUAAAAUAGUAGGAAAUCUUACAAUUUUACUUCUUGAGUCUCAGAAAAGAUAGACUAAGUCUCAAAAGGCAUCGUCCUCGUUACAUGCUUAUAUGAUAUAAUAUGUUAACUCUUUUUGAUACAAAUGUAUUCAGGGUUUCUUAGUCGAAUAUUCGAGGGUUUUCGGGUUUUUCUACGGCUUUGAAUUAAGAAUUAUAUGUUACUGUUAGGGUAUCCAUUUUAUUUAUUAUCACUGUAUAGUACGGAAGGAAGCCAGUAUGUGUUGACGUAAUGUUAUUUAUACUAUUUUGUAUGACAUUAUUUUACUAUUUGAUAUUUCGACAUAUUUAUAAACUGUACGUACUCGUGGUGUUU